GAAAUUAAUAAAAUUACUUAUUUAAUUUAUUUUUGUUAAUCCAAUAAAAUAAAUGAACACAAUAUAAAUUUGAGUUAAAUUAAAUUAGUGAAAUUUCACCCAAACUGUAUCCACCCAACCCCAAGCAUGACUUGGUGAAGCUUAGAUGGAAAAUAGAAAAAUAAAGUUAUAUUUUUGUCGUUACAGAGAGAGACAGUGGACACAGACACUCUUCUCCAUCGAUCGAUUGAUUUCUUGUUGAUUCUUGGAGAAGGCAUGGCUACGUGCAUGUGCAUGCUUGUCUUCUUCAUCAUCUUCAUGCUCUUCUUGGGCGCUCUGAGUGAGGUGGCAGCCACACAAAACAGCGUCAGCUUCGACUUCCCUUCUUUCACUCCCAACAACAACAACAUCACCCUCCUCGGCGAUUCCUUUCUAUGGAGCAACGGCGUCGUAAGACUCACCAACGUCGCCUCCACCUCCAGCACCGGCGCCGUCAUCUACGCCUACCCCAUCCCAUUCUUCCACCCUCCAACCGCCACCUUCGCCUCCUUCUCCACCACCUUCACCUUCUCCAUCAACAACCUCAACCCCGCCUCCUCCGGCGACGGCCUUGCCUUCUUCCUCUCCCCCAACACCGCCUCCUCCAACCUCUCCCUCUCCGCUCCACUCGGCCUCCCCUCCUCCUUCGUCGCCGUCGAGUUCGACACGCGCUUCGACUCCCGCUUCGGCGACCCUAACGAGAACCACGUCGGCUUCGACGUCGACUCCGUGAAGUCCCUCAAAACCGGUGACCCAUCCUUGCACGGAAUCGACCUCAAGAGCGGCAACACCAUCAUCACAUGGAUCGACUACGACGCCGGUCGAACUUCUCUCACUGUUUUCUUGAGCUAUUCACUUCCGAAACCCGUCGACCCCGUCCUCUCCGUCAAGUUCAAUCUUUCUCAACACUUGAGAAACCCCGUUUACAUUGGAUUCUCCGCUUCCACUCAAGGAAUUACCGAGAUUCACCAAAUCCAGAGUUGGACCUUUCACACUGCUUUUGCUCCCGCAAGAACGAGGCUGCACCCUCACAACGUUUCCGUGGUGGGAACUGUACCUGUUUCAGGUUCACGUUCUGGCUCUCGGGGUUCUGCUUCUGUUUCUAGUUCAAACACUAAAUUCACUUCCAAGAAGCAUGAUAAGAGGGUUGGCAUUGGUGUGGUUGUUGCGGGAUCUGUCUCUUUCUUUGUGGUUUUUUCAGUCUUGGGGUAUGUCUUUGUUCGAAAAUCUCGGGGUGAGAGAGAAGAAAAGUUUCAGAAUGGUUUCGUGGCGUGUCCCAGGGCGUUCGAUUACAAAGAGUUGAAGUCUGCGACAAGAGAGUUUCAUCCGAGUAGGAUCGUUGGGCACGGAUCAUUUGGGACGGUGUAUAAGGCUUUCUUUAUCUCUUCAGGAACCAUCGCUGCAGUGAAAAGGUCGCGGCACUCUCACGAAGGGAAGACCGAGUUUCUGUCUGAACUUUCCAUCAUAGCCGGUUUGCGGCACAAGAAUUUGGUUCAGCUGCAAGGUUGGUGUGUUGAGAAGGGAGAGCUAUUGCUGGUGUACGAGUUUAUGCCCAAUGGAAGUUUAGACAAGAUGCUUUACAAGGAACCUGAAGUGGGAAGGUUGUUGAGUUGGUCUCACAGGGUGAACAUCGCUGUUGGGUUGGCCUCUGUGCUGGUUUACCUUCACCAAGAAUGUGAGCGGAGAGUGGUUCACAGGGACAUUAAAACUGGGAACAUUUUGCUGGAUGGAAACAUGAAUCCUAGGUUGGGGGAUUUUGGAUUGGCAAAGUUGAUGGAUCAUGAUAAGAGUCCUGUGUCCACUUUGACGGCUGGAACAAUGGGGUACCUUGCCCCUGAGUAUCUUCAGUACGGAAAGGCCACUGAUAAAUCUGAUGUUUUCAGCUAUGGGGUGGUUGUGCUUGAAGUGGCUUGUGGAAGGAGGCCAAUUGAGAGAGAAGGGUCAAAAAUGGUGAAUCUGAUUGAGUGGGUUUGGGGGCUGCAUUCUGAGGGGAAGGUGAUUGAAGCUGCUGAUAAGAGGUUGAAUGGGGAAUUUGAGGAAGAAGAAAUGAAGAUGCUUUUGCUCUUGGGAUUGAGUUGUGCUAACCCUGAUACUUCUGGGAGGCCUUCCAUGAGAAGGGUGCUUCAGAUUCUGAACCAUGAGGCUCCACCACUUACUGUGCCAAAAGUUAAACCAACACUCACCUUUUCUUCUGCACUUCCCCUCACUAUUGAGGACAUUGUUUCUGACACUGAAGAAGAGUUCAGUACCAGCAGGUCUGUGUGUGAGAUCAACUUUGACUGAGCUCAACUUUUUCUCAUACACAGUGACACUUCAUUCACUGAACUACCGUGUGUGUGCUCAGGGUACAACAGAAGAAGCUUGUUUUUGUUUUAGUCAUGGCUCAAACAAGUUAGAGUAACAAGUGUUUGCAAUUUUGUAAGUGUACAAAAUGCGGAAAUUAGAGAAUUGAUUGAGUCACAAGUUUGUAUAUUGCUACUACUAUUAACCUAGAUUGUAUAUUUUAGCAAUCAUGCACUCAUGUUCCAACGUAGAAUUCUCGAUGAGGACCUUGUUCAUAGAAUGGGCGUUGGGCUUCCUGCACCCCAUCAUUACUAAAUGCAACUCGUAGUAAUAGAGUAAAAUACUAAAAUAACCUUACACCAAACCAAUGAAAAAGAGAGAAAGAAGGAGAAAGAGAACAUGUUACGAAAAAAAACAACAUUUUCGAAAAGUUUAUUCCAAAAUAGGACAUUUUGAAAGAUAUUAUAAAUUUGUUCUAGAAAUUCUAUUAUGAAAAACUUGUUCUGAGAGACAUUUCAUGUGGGUUUUAGAAAUUUUAUAUUAAAACUUUUGUUCUGAAAAUCUCAUUCUAAAAUCAUAUUCUAGAAGUCACUUUAAAAAGGUGCAAAAUGAUUUUUUUUUUUAAAAUAGGGGAGUGUGUGAAGAAAUUACAUGAGGGGUGCAGGGAGAAAAAGCUCAUUCUGUUAUCAAACAAAGAAAAAAUGACACCAAAAUUAAAAUGUAAAGUUCAACACAAGAAUUAAUGUUAACUUUUUCGUUUUUUUAAGAAAAUAAUUGUCCAGUCUAUAAUUAUAGAAAAGAAUUAUAAUUUCUGUUUUAUCCAUUAACUUCAUUUUUUGACAAUAUCGUAUGAAGCUUUUA